ACUCUUGCCAUGUUACAACAACACAGGAAGAGUAUGAGCUGCUCUGUUAAAUAACCAGUCCUGUCGUGUCGGCAUGUUACCAAUGAUAGUUCAGGGACUUUAGGAAUAAUACUGAGAAUGGGACAGUACUGUCAGCUCACUGAACUGAGUUUAUUUUAACUCCUAACGCCAUGUUUCCGCUGUCAGUGCUGGAGCAUGUGAGCAGCUCUGUGCUGUCGUAUGCAAACAUUGUAGCUUUGAUAGUUUUCCUGCUGGUGUAUUAUUUAGUUCAUUUUUAUCAGAGACAACGGGAACUCGCUAAUAUUCCUCCAGGUCCGAAGCCUUGGCCGAUAGUCGGAAACUUCGGCGGCUUCCUCAUCCCUUCUUUCAUCCAGAGGAGGUUUGGACAGAGCUCCAACAGCACCGACACUGUGAGAAGCGCUAUAGUUGUUCUAACUGAGCAAGCCAACGUUUAUGGAAAUGUGUUCAGCCUUUUUGUUGGGAGUCAGCUGAUCGUUGUGCUCAAUGGUUAUGAAGUGGUGAAGGAUGCUCUGUCGAACCAUCCCGAGGUGUUCUCCGACAGACCAGAGAUCCCUACUGUCACUAUCAUGACCAAACGCAAAGGAAUAGUCUUUGCACCUUAUGGGCCUGUAUGGAAGAAACAACGCCGGUUCUGCCUCGGAAUACUCCGAAACUUUGGCCUGGGAAAGGUGAGCUUUGAGCCUUGCAUCCUGCAGGGCCUGGCCACCGUCAAAACAGAGCUGCUGCGACUGAACGAGGAGUCUGGCGGCGCCGGCGUGGACCUGUCUCCGCUGAUCAGCAACGCCGUGUCCAACGUCAUCUGCUCAAUGGUCCUGGGUCAACGCUUCCACCACGAAGACAGCGAGUUCCGCACGUUGCUGAGCCUGAUGGACCGGGGGCUGGAGAUCUGCGUGAACAGCCCUGCGGUUCUCAUCAACGUCUUUCCACUGCUCUACUAUCUGCCUUUUGGGGUCUUCAAGGAGCUGAGGCAGGUGGAAGGAGACAUCACAGAGUUUCUAAAGAGGAUUAUUGCACAUCACAGGGAAACAUUAGAUCCUGAGAACCCAAGGGAUCUUGUAGACAUGUACUUGAAGGAGAUGUUGGUCCAGCAGGCAGCUGGAGAGGAGGACAGCAGCUUCACAGAGGAUUAUCUCUUUUAUAUAGUAGGAGAUCUUUUUAUCGCUGGCACUGACACCACCACUAAUUCUGUGUUGUGGAUUUUGCUCUACAUGGUCUUAUAUCCUAAUAUCCAAGACCAGGUUCAGGCAGAGAUUGAUAACGUGGUGGGGAGACAUCGGGUCCCAUCUAUGACCGAUAAAGGAAGUUUGCCCUUUACUGAAGCCACCAUCAUGGAGGUGCAGAGAUUAACUGCAGUGGUCCCUCUGGCUAUUCCACACAUGGCCUCCAAGACAACAGAGUUCAGAGGUUACACUAUUCCCAAAGGAACAGUUAUUUUACCCAAUCUGUGGUCUGUCCAUAGAGAUCCAGCUCUGUGGGACGACCCAGACAGAUUUAACCCGGAGCGUUUCUUGGAUGACGAUGGAAAGCUGCUCAAGAAAGAGUGCUUUAUACCAUUUGGGAUUGGUCGCAGGGUGUGCAUGGGUGAACAGCUGGCAAAGAUGGAGCUGUUCCUGAUGGUUAUAAGUUUACUGCAGGCCUUCAAAUUCAGACUCCCAGAAGGAACGCCUCCUCCUCCCCUGCACGGACGCUUUGGCCUGACCCUGGCCCCCUACCCAUACACUGUGUGUGUGACUACUCGUAGUUGAAACAGUGGAAGACUUUUCUGUAAACAGGGAGCUCUGAUGCCAAGGACCUUGAAAAAAGGCCAGAGAUGUCAGUAAAGGUCUCCUGGAGAGACAACUUCAUGUUUAGAAAGUAUUAAAGAUAUAUUUUUUGACUCAUA